CCCAAGGCCGAAACACGUGUUAACAUAUUUUUUCCAAUUUAACUGUGAAUAUAAAAAGGAAAUACGGUAAAAAUUGUCACAAAAUGCUCGCUCUCCUCCCGUUCAUUGUCGGAGCCGCGUUUUGCGCUGACUCGGGCCCUGUGGGCCCGAUCACACUUUACGAGUUGAAAAAUUGUGAACCCGACAUCAAUAACAUCGAUCUAGACGUGAAACUGGAGACGGAAUCGGACGGAAGUAACAGCCUGACGGCCUCCUUCACGAUUCCCGAGGACUUUGGCGAAGAGGUCCAAUUUCGUGUGGUGGCCGACAAGUGGGAGAAUGACGACUGGAAGAGGAACGUGUGGAGUAUGAAUCCGGCCUCCUUUCUCAAAUUUACUAACGAGAACAUUGAGAAGACUUGGGCCAAUUUCCGAGAGGCGAUUGGGCCGAAAAUUGAGGACCCGAUGAAGGUGCCAAAGGGGGAGUAUAAACUGGACAAGCACCAACAAGACUGGCAUGACGUGGAGUUGUCUCAAGUGAUUUAUGGCAGGUUUUUGGCCACGGUUUACUUGAUUGUCAAUGGGGAGGAGUUUGCCUGUCUUCAGGCCGAGUUGGAGACCUUCGAGGACGAAUAAUUAACCAAUUUACUGUAAUUUACUGAUUCACAUAAUAAAAUUAUUAUUUUAAAACUA